AUGGGAGAGCUACGAUGGCUCCUGGAGCGGCUGCCCCGGGUGAGCUAUGCCGUGGCUUACGGGUCGGCGGUGAUGAAGCAGAAAGGAUACAAGGGUUCGAACAUGGUGGACUAUAUCUUUGCGAUAGAGAACGCAGCCGAGUGGCAUACAGAGAAUUGGAAAAGAAAUGGAUUGAGACACUACUCCAUGCUCGGAAUGCUGGGCGGGGAGUCGCUGUACAGAAUUCAGGAGGUGGGAGCUGGAGUUUAUUUCAAUGUGCCCUCUCCUGACGAUGGGAGGAAAACCAAGUAUGCUGUCAUAAGUAAAAGUAGACUUUGCUCGGAGUUACGAGAGUGGAAGAAUCUAUACAUCUCGGGAAGGUUGCAGAAACCGGUUGAAACAUUGGUUUAUGACGAAGAUGUUGAAUCAGCAAACCAACAGAACCUCAGAAAUGCUCUGGCGACGGCCUUGCUACUACUCCCGGAAAAGUUUGAUCAGAAUCUGCUGUACACAACCAUCUCUGCCAUAUCAUACACUGGGGACCCUAGAAUGGGAGCGGGGGAGCAUCCGGACAAGCCAAAGCAGAUUGCAGAAGGACAGAUUGAAAGAUUCCAAUCCCUCUAUCAGCCUGCAGUAGACGAGCAUGCGGGCAAUCUCACAGUCGUCCAGAGCUCUGGGCAUCCCUCGACGUUGCAGUUUGAGCAGGACACCAGCCCCAUGAGACGAGCAGCUCUCUUCACACAACUGCCACAGGAGAUUCUAAGUCGCGCUGCAAGGAGAUGUGGACUUAGCUCUCAGGGAGAGAUGAUGCCUAUGGAAGCGCAAAGACAAGAGUUGAUGACUGCCAUUUCCAGAAAGCCGGACAUCGUACACGAUCUACUUCAGGAUGGUAUAUCCUCCAUUGUCACGCCGGCGGCAAAGGCUCAGAUGAUCAAGGGAGUCUUCUCCUUUGGCCUCAGCACGUCUGUACUAUACGUAAUGAUGCUUUUGAGCGUCAUAUCGCAAAAGCCGCAUGCCUGA